AGCCCCAGCGCGCCUGCGCGGAGCGGCCCUGCGCGCUGUGAGGCUGUGGCGGGGGAAGGCACCGGUGGGGCCGACGGGCGGGUUGAAGGAGGGAAGCGGGCGAGCGAAGUCCCAGUGCGCGCCGCGGCGGCACGGGUACCCUCCCCUUCCGGGCGUGAGGCGCUGUGAGGAAAGCUGAAGCGAGCGGACUCGCACCGGCAGCGAGGCGCCGCUACCGCCGCCACAGCCCAGCCUCCCUCGGCUUCGGCGCUCCCGUCGUGGGGGCCCGGGUUCCUCAGCACACCCAGCUCCAGCAGCUCCGGAGCCUGUGCCCAGUUCUUCGGAAGCCCCGGCGCCAGCCCGGGCCCUUGGCGGGGAGGAUGACGGAGCUGCAGUCGGCACUGCUACUGCGAAGACAGCUGGCAGAGCUCAACAAAAAUCCAGUGGAAGGCUUUUCAGCAGGUUUAAUAGAUGACAAUGAUCUCUACCGAUGGGAAGUGCUUAUUAUUGGCCCUCCGGAUACACUUUAUGAAGGUGGUGUUUUUAAAGCUCAUCUCACUUUCCCAAAAGAUUAUCCUCUUCGGCCUCCUAAAAUGAAAUUCAUUACCGAAAUCUGGCAUCCAAAUGUUGAUAAAAAUGGUGAUGUAUGCAUUUCUAUUCUUCACGAACCUGGAGAAGAUAAAUAUGGUUAUGAAAAGCCCGAGGAGCGCUGGCUGCCUAUUCACACGGUGGAAACCAUCAUGAUUAGUGUCAUUUCUAUGCUGGCAGACCCCAAUGGAGACUCACCUGCUAAUGUUGAUGCUGCGAAAGAAUGGAGGGAAGACAGAAAUGGAGAAUUCAAAAGGAAAGUUGCCCGCUGUGUAAGAAAAAGCCAAGAGACUGCUUUUGAGUGACAUUUAUUCAACAGCUGUAACUUCACUUAUUUCAGGGUCUCCAAUUGAGAAACAUGGCACUGUUUUUCCUGCACUCUACCCACCUAUUGCUGGACUUCUGUUGUAACAAGUUGGCAAACACUGGCUGGAACUGGGCUGCAAUAAAACAUGCCAGUAUCAAUGCUGACAAGAGCCUAACAAGUGCCAACUUACAGAUGAUUACGCAUUUUGAAUUCUAAUGAACUGUUUUAACCUUCAGGAAGAAUUGUAAAGACCUGUACAUAGCACAACAUGAUCCGGAUAAUAUAUAUACUGUUCAUGUACAUCCACAAAUACACCUUGUACCAAAUAAUGCUUUCUUGUAGUAGAAUAAGAAUCGUGUAAAUUCUAAAAAAUUUUAGCAGGUUUUCUUUCCCUAUUCAUUGUUUCUUAUCAGUUUUAAAAGACUCCUUAAAGCAUGUCAGAUGAAAAGCAAUUAGGAUUAAAAGUUUCCAUUUAAUUUCCUUUAAACCAUUGAGGCUUCAUUAAACUCUUUCCACUUACUAAACUUUGUAUCUUCUUUGUUUUGACACACUCCCCUUUACUUUUAUCUCUUCUGUCUGCCAGGAAGUUUUCAAAUCAUUUAGUUCAAAUACUCAAGUACUCAAUAGGCAACUACUUGAUUUUUAAUGAUGACUUCAGAGGAGCGGUCAUCACUAGGUGCUUUGUCCCUUUUGUAUUGUACCUGCACCCAUCUCUCAGAUUGGAUACAGCAAUAACAUUUUCUUGUCGUUGAGAGCUCUUGAAUUCAGUCAUUAUCCCUAGGAACUAAAAAGAGUUAGUCUGGAUUCAAUUCAGAUUUAAAAUGAUUGAAAUUUACUCCCAACAACACAAAACUCUGAUUUGGUUUUAUUUUUGCCCUCAGUUACCUAAUGUGAAGGUUGGAUGAAUAAAGCAUGCACAGCUACAGGCUUUCUACUUAACUUCUGGGUUUGCUAUUAAAAAUGCUGUUUACCCUCGUACCCUUCCCCUUAGCCCUUCAUAUUUCUUUGCCUCUAUUCUAAUACUGCAGAAUUUUCUCACCUAUUGUACAAAGAAAUUGCGAUGUAUAUUUUCAUGUAAUUUGAUUUUGGAAUUCUGUCACCUUAUGUAGUGAGUUCUUCCAAAAUAUAAUUUUUUUCCAAUAA